ACGCCGAGGACAACAAGUGAAGUGACAAUCGCAGCGAAAGCGAUGUUACAGAGGCGAGCGGCACUGUUUCUGUGUUGUUGAACCUAUUAGACAGUAGUUGUGUUAAUACUAGAACUCUAGUAGCAUUACUCAUGUCGGCGUUUUGUUGUAUACAUCCCUACGUUUUGAAUGAAUCAACGGCGCUGUCGUCCAGGAUCGUAUGUUGAUGAAAACCCAGCGAGCGGAAGAGAAAGAAACGGUAGUAUUUUUGGGGUUGUCUGGACCGGAGGACCUAGCGGGUAACAUUGGCUGCUUGUAACUCACAGCUGCGGUGCAGAGCAGGAUACACAGCCCAGAGUGACACCGCUAAGGUUAGCCUGCCAGCAGACCACACGAACAGAGGAUAAUCUCACCAAGGAUAACCCCGUCAGCCUCUUGGUGUCGAGAAGAAGAUAAGCUAGUUGUCUUGGUGAGAAGAGAAACCAAAACAUCGGUUGCGUUAGCCAAAAUUGUCGCCUCAGGAAAAGAAAACAAAACAAGUUCCCAGCCACUGUUCCCAGUGUUUUGAGGAUGAACCACUUAUCCCUCAGCGAGCUAUGUUGCCUGUUCUGCUGUCCACCGUGCCCCAGCAAGAUUGCCUCCAAGCUGGCCUUCCUGCCCCCCGAGCCCACCUACAGCCUCAUGUGCGAUGAAAGUGGCAGCCGCUGGACUCUGCACCUCUCCGAACGUGCCGACUGGCAGUACUCAACGCGUGAGAAGGAUGCCAUUGAGUGUUUCAUGACACGAACCUCUAGAGGGAACCGCAUUGCCUGCAUGUUCGUUCGCUGCUCGCCCAGUGCACGCUACACGUUGCUGUUCUCCCAUGGCAACGCAGUGGAUCUGGGCCAGAUGAGCAGCUUCUACAUUGGCCUGGGCUCACGGAUCAACUGCAAUGUGUUUUCCUAUGACUACUCUGGUUAUGGAGCCAGCUCUGGGAAACCCUCGGAAAAGAACCUCUACGCUGAUGUAGAUGCUGCCUGGCAGGCACUCAGGACACGGUAUGGCAUACGUCCAGAGAACGUGAUUGUGUAUGGCCAGAGCAUUGGCACCGUGCCCUCUGUGGACCUGGCCGCUCGCUAUGAGAGCGCCGCAGUCAUCCUGCACUCCCCGCUCACCUCUGGCAUGAGAGUGGCCUUCCCUGACACCAAGAAGACCUACUGCUUUGAUGCCUUCCCUAACAUCGACAAGAUCUCAAAGGUGACUUCGCCGGUGCUGGUGAUCCACGGUACGGAGGAUGAGGUCAUUGACUUCUCCCAUGGCCUAGCGCUGUAUGAGCGCUGCCAGCGCCCGGUGGAGCCGCUCUGGGUGGAGGGGGCCGGACACAAUGACGUGGAGCUGUAUGGACAGUACCUGGAGAGACUAAAACAGUUCGUAGCACACGAGCUGGUCAAUUUGUAGAGGAGUUGGACAAGGAGGAGAUGGUGAAGGUGGUAUAGAGGGAGGCAGAGGAGGGCAACCUUUCACAGCUACUGGAGUUUUAAAUCAGCCCACAGUGUGCUUGAUGUGUGAAGGUGAGGCGCGUCAACUCAAGGGUUGUUUUCCUAUAAGAACAAAAGGAGGAGCAUCAAGCACGGAAGAAGCAGUAGUACCGACUGUCCUCUCCCAUUAUCGAGCGCCUCUCCACCUUCAGCCCAAGUUCCCCCGGCCCAAGAGCCUGCCAAUACCGUCCACUCCACCUGCUGCAACUGUGAACUCUGAAACACUCACCUUUUGGAAACCCAUGUUUUUGUUCUGCUUUUAGAUGUGUUUUGUUUUUGUUUUGUUUUUUUUUGGUGUUUUUGUUUUAUUUUUUUGAAAAUUGCACAUUGUGGCAAUGUGUAAAUGAGAGCAGGAGUGGAUAUGUAUGCAACAGAAUAGAGACAACAUCUUGCGUGCAUAUGUAUGAAAGAAUGUGUGCGUGUGUUUCACAUUUUUGCUGCCUUCGAGGAGGACAUGGUCCUUUGUCCUCUGUGGAGACAUCUGACCAGCUCUUGAGAGGCUUUUGUGGUUUUGGAGAACAGCCUUGCUGUAAACUGGACUGGACCAAAAUGGAACCGACUGUCUCCGCCAGGUUAGGUCACGUCAGGUCCGACCCACUGCAGUCAUCACGGAUUCUUUUUUCUUUUUUAAUUAUUAUUGUUUAUUAUAUUUUUUAUACUCUACAUAAUAUUUGCACGUAUCAUGUGACUGAGAACUGUACUAGACAAAACUGACAUAUGAUCUAGCUGUGCCAGUGUUGCCAAAUAUUUAGUAUGAUAUAUUGCAGAUGUAGAGCAGACACACAAAGAAGUGUACUUUGUAAGAAUGACAACUAGAAACAUCCCCCAGAGCUGUAUUAGCUGUGUAAAGACUUUUUAUUACGAUUCUGUUUAGUCUUACAAAAGUACAAUCGGCAUUUCAAUGCAACAAACCACACAAGUUUGAUGCAAGAUGGGGCUCCGGCUGUAUAUUAUUAACAAAUAAAUUGUGGGUGUUAUUUUGCCUCAAACUCUUUGACCCUGUUUACAUCUGGUUUUAACGUGCAUCUCUGACAAUUGGAUCACAAGUGGACAGCGCUACAUACAAGUGGAAACUUCCACAAAAAUGGUUUGUUUACACUUAACAUUUUAAUGAUGCAUUCAAGCCACUUGCCAAGGUAGUCUGGGAUGCAUUUGACCACAUAUUGUUGGAGCGGAAGCGCUGAUGCAUUCCCUACAAGGAAGUUGUCCGCUAAGACGCUUUCGAGCUGCAUGAUAGAGACAGGUGUGAACAGCGAUGUGUCUCUGCUGUCCACUUGUGUUCGGAUCACCUGAAACGCAUGUUAAAACCAAGGUCUUUUGACAGUUUUUUUCCCAAUGUUCCUUUCUUCUGAUUUACUUUGAAAUGUUGUUGCUGUAAGAUCAGUAUCACUAUGUUGCUGUUUGUGUUUUCAAAAAAAGAAAUGCUGGACAGUUCUGUGGACACAUUAUUUGACCCUGCUUUAACAAUAACAGCAACACGUUUAUUAAAAAGCCUCAAUGUAGUAAAGCUACCACCAAGCCCAAUUUUGACACACAAUGUAAUUUUCUGUCAUGUGGUCAUGUGGGUUUCAAGAUAUUAAGAUAUAUAUUAUAGUUACAAGUUAAACUACUGUGACAGCAGGUAACUGUCAAUGCUAUGAUCAAGACUCAUACCACUAAUGCCAAUCAGGACUGAACAGUGAGCGCCAAUUGACAUGGUUGGCGCUGAUUCACUCGUUGAUCCAAAGGAAUGUUCUGAUUUCAAUUAUUGAAAAGCAGCUUCAUUUCCUUUAAUAUGAUGUGACUGGAAGCAAAUGGGCACCAUCCCUGUUUAUUCUCUCACGAUAUGUGUACUGGGAGAAAUAUUACAGUGUCAGCUCAGCAUUAGUGGCCACAUCAUGGACACAAUUGGAGCCUUUUCUGAUUUGCACAUAUAUUUUGUUGUCUUAAUUUUGGUAAUCCUACAGUCUGCAUGGUUUCUUGGGAUCCGUUGCCGUCUGUUGAGUUGCCCUUUAAUGCUGAGUGAGGCGACACACUGCAUUAGCCAGUCACAUUCAUUGUACUGCAGACUCCAUGAAGGCACUGUCAAAGCCCUGCAAAGCAAAUGUCCAAGUGCUACUGCAUGCCACGUACGGCUAGUUUCUCUUUCAUUAUUGGCCUAUUUAACGAACACAGAAUUACAUACAAAAUCAAGCUGAAUAACUUUGUUUUAGGUAUUUUUAAUACCUGGGCUAGACUUGAGUCUGUGUUCACAAAAGGGGUCAAAUCAUGUUGAUAAGUGACAAUUAGCCAAUAAGCCCACGGGUGCUACUGUAAAACCUUCAGGUCUGAUUACUACAGGUUGAGAGGAGCUGAAGAUGAGUGCUGAUUUGUUGUUUGGAUGUUUGCUAGAUUGACCAAGAUCCAUCAGGAUUGGUUACUGUUGUUAUCAGGUGAUGGUGUGCUGUUAUGGAAGAAAAAAACACUUUAUAUGGGACUCAACACAACUUUUUUUUCUGUACUUAAAGAGCAAGGUUAUGCUUUCUUUUCAUUUUCACUUUGUAAAUAAUGUUUGUACUGGACAUGUUUAUUUUUAUUUCCCUUCCACAAGCUUUUAGCAUUAUUUCUCAUCUGUAGUUCUUAUUAUGACUCUAACUGUUGGUAUGAUAAUUAUUAGACCAAGGCAGACCAUAGUUUUGGCUCCUCAGAUGACCUUUGUACUUCAAUCUGGUCACCUCGACUGAUGUCAUCUAUGAUUUGAUUUGAUUUGAUUUUUUUGUAUAGCAUAUUUCAUUACAGAAGGAACUUAUAUGUAAUAACAAUAUUGAUUAUCAGAGUACUAAAAUGGGUAUAGAAAAUAAAAAUGGUAUUUGAGA